CUUUCCGUAAAGGGCUAUGCAAGUCAAAGCAAUGAUAUUGACUUUCUACAGCGCGUUUACCGCCUGCUAGAAACAACGCAGCGGCCGCGCUUCGGGACACCGCGCAAUUUCUCUCCCUCUUUAGAUUCUUUCACUUAUCCGUAGGGAUCAAAGCAGGAAAAUGCGUUCUUAAGAAAAUCACGUUAUACCCACGCACUUGUUGUAUUUGGAGAUAAUUUGCAUCUCUGGCACGUUGAUUUGGCCCAGAGAUGUCGAAAUCAUUGCCGUAUUCGAUGAAAGAUUUGCAGUAUGACAACGGAAAGUUCCGGCAUCGCUCGGUAUCUAAGGCAAUUUCUCAGGCACUCUUAACCAGUAAGGUUAACCGCGAUUCUGUAAAGUGCAGCACAGGGAAAUUUCUAGGUUUAUUAUUCAUUGGAGGUUUAAUAUAUCUCAUGAUGACUCAUACCAGUACCCUUCACUCUGUCUCUCACAAUAUUGCAAAUGAUAGUAGGUCAACUGAAGUAGGGAAUUUCAUAGCUGAUGGAACAAAUAAAGUUAAGCGUCUUUUGAGAAGAUCUCCCAGACUCCCCCCUAGGUUAUCACCAGAUGAAAUGGUUUUUGGAAAUAAAUCUACACACGGUAACCAGAACUCACACACUAGUUCCAAAUGGCUAUCAAAGCAACAAAGAGUGAAGGAUGCAUUUAUCCAUGCAUGGUCUGGCUACAAAAAUGAUGCAAUGGGCUAUGAUGAGCUUAUGCCACUUAGCCACAGGGGAGUUGACGGUUUGGGAGGCUUGGGAGCUACAGUUGUAGAUGCUUUGGACACAGCCAUGAUAAUGGGGCUUCACGAAAUUGUGCAGGAGGCAGGCUCAUGGAUUGAAAGCCACCUUCCUGAGAGGAUAAACAACAAAGGACAAGUAAAUUUAUUUGAAACGACAAUACGUGUGCUAGGUGGUCUUUUAAGUGCUUAUCACUUAAGUGGUGGGGAGCAAGGGGGAAAUCCAUUAUACAAGGGUCCUAAAUCUGAUAUCUAUCUAGAAAAUGCUAGGAACUUGGCAGAUCAUCUUCUCAUUGCUUUCACUUCAAGCCCUUCUGAUAUACCCUUCAGCGAUGUGGUUUUGCAUGAACGUUCUGCACAUGCAGCUCCUGAUGGUUUGAGUAGUACAGCUGAAGUGGCAUCUUUACAGCUUGAAUUUAAUUAUCUCAGUUUUCUAACUGGUGACCCAAAAUACGGUGUAGAAGCCAUGAAAGUUUUGGAGCAUAUUAAAACUCUACCGAAACAUGAAGGUCUUGUCCCCAUAUAUAUUAGCCCUCAAUCUGGAGACUUUAGCGGAGACAAUAUUAGACUUGGAUCUCGUGGUGAUAGCUACUAUGAGUAUCUUAUAAAAGUGUGGCUUCAACAACGGGGAAGUAACUGCUCAUACUUAUAUGAGAUGUAUAUGGAAGCAAUGAAGGGUGUUAGACACCUUCUUGUUAGGAAAUCUGUUCCAAAUGGGUUGGUGUUCGUUGGAGAACUGCCUUAUGGGCCACAAGGGGACUUUGUUCCAAAGAUGGAUCACCUGGUUUGUUUUCUUCCUGGCACUCUGGCUAUUGGUGCCACAAAAGGUUUAACGAAAGAAAAGGCUAUGAGGGAGAACUUGCUCAAUUUUGAAGAUCUGGAAAAUCUCAAGCUUGCAGAAGAUCUGGCCAAGACAUGUGUUGAGAUGUACUCUGUAACUUCCACUGGGCUUGCACCUGAAAUUGCUUAUUUCAAUGAGCAGGGAAAUUCUGGGGGUGGUUCUGAUGGUGGAAACAAAAAUUCAAAAUAUGUGAAUGACAUAAUCAUAAAACCGGCUGAUCGUCACAAUCUCUUGCGUCCUGAAACUGUUGAGUCAUUGAUGAUAUUGUAUCGCAUCACAGAAGAUCCCAAAUACCGCGACUGGGGCUGGGAAAUAUUUGAAGCCUUUGAGAAGCACACAAAACUUGAGUCUGGAGGUUACACUUCUCUUGAUGAUGUCACCAUAAUUCCACCCCGGAGAAGAGACAAGAUGGAAACAUUUUUCCUAGGCGAAACCCUAAAAUACCUAUACUUGCUGUUCGGGGACAGCGAUGUUGUCCCCUUGGAUCAGUUUGUAUUUAACACAGAAGCACAUCCCAUUCCCAUCAAAGGAAAUCCCCUAUCAUGAAUUCAUGAUUCAUGAAUGGAUGGAAUCGUUUUUUUCUUCCUUUGGUGAUUAAAUAUGUAUUUUAGUCAUACUGAUAUGUCAUAUCACCCAUGUGUGUACUAUAGAUGUACUAUAUUUUUGUUCCUUGUAAUUGCUGGACUUUUCAAAGGUUAAUACUUUUGUACCAAAAUUUGAAAUACUAAUGUAAUUUGACAGAUUAUCUUCCAAGUAAACAAGGACUCGUUCAAGCCUUCUAGGCUUUUAGCCAGUGGUCA